UUUCAGAAAAAGUAAAUACAAUAAUAAUUGGAGGGAUGCUUGUUGGUUAAGCAAAUGCUUAAUAUUUUCUUGAAACAUAAAGUGAUAGAUACAUAUACAUACUGCAUCGCCGACCCGCCUGAGAUUCAUUCCUUAUCAUUCUUGAUUGGUUGCGAUGGAUUCGAGUUCGGGGAAUCAAGAAUUCGAUUAUUUGUUCAAACUAUUAAUGAUUGGGGAUUCUGGUGUUGGCAAAAGUAGUCUUCUUCUCAGAUUCACCUCCGAUGAUUUUGAAGAUCUCUCCCCCACCAUUGGUGUUGAUUUUAAGGUCAAAUAUGUCUCCAUGGAGGGUAAAAAACUCAAGCUUGCAAUUUGGGAUACUGCUGGUCAGGAGAGAUUUAGAACACUCACUAGCUCUUACUACAGAGGGGCGCAAGGAAUCAUUAUGGUUUAUGACGUAACCCGGCGAGAAACAUUUACAGAUCUAUCUGAAGUAUGGGCAAAGGAAAUAGAGCUUUAUUCGACAAAUCAAGACUGCAUGAGGAUGCUUGUUGGAAACAAAGUAGAUAAGGAGGAGGAUAGAGUUGUGACAAAGAAAGAAGGAAUAAACUUUGCUAGGGAAUAUGGUUGCUUAUUUAUCGAAUGCAGUGCUAAAACUCGAGUAAACGUGCAGCAAUGCUUUGAAGAGCUUGUUUUGAAGAUUCUUGAUACACCUAGCCUCUUAGCCGAGGGAUCUAAGGGGGUAAAAAAGAACAUUUUUAAGGACAACCUACCCAAGUCUGAUGCAUCCACAAGUGGCUGUUGCUGAUUUUAAGAAGCUGUUUCAUUCAGAAGCUGCAAUUUAGUAAUCACGGUCUCACAGAAAAGGGCGUGCUGAAUCCAUUUCAUGGAUUUCUAACAUAAUUUGCUGUUUAUUUUAGCACAAGUGAAAGCCAUUUUAAAUUUGUAGGUUUCUGUUUUGUCUUGUAUAUGUAGAUGCAAUAUAGUGAUGAAGGUUGUCCCCAAUUUCCUGAGGCUUUUGUUUUUCUUUUAGUCACAUCAAUUUCAUAUGAAGAUAUGCAAUUAUUUUGUUUUUUAA